AUGGAGACGGACAAGAGCAACCAAAGCAUUCCUUCCUUCAUCUUCAACACAAAGGAGUACAAGGAGCAGCUGGCCACCUGUCUGGACGCAUGCGACAUCGAUCAAAUGUCGCCCACGGAGCAGUGGGAGUGCGUCAAGCGGCAGAUGAUCCUGGCCGCGGAGGGCGCACGAAACGUCAUGAUGCGGACGCCCAUCGGUGACAACUCCAACAAUGACAUCGAGGCCAGGUGCAUGGCGCUGCGGGCGAUCGCUCGCGCUGUGUGGCGCCAGGACCGCCGGCUGGCGAAGCGGCUGCUCGAGCGCACUGCUGCUGGCCCUGUCCACCUUCGACUGGAGGACACAGCUGUGGUCCUGCGGGACGCGGCGCGCUUCGAGGCGGAG